AGGGAAGAAAAAAAAGCCCUUUCCAAAAAAGUAUUGGAUGUCUUGAGGAAUGCAGUCAGCCCCCUGGGAAAGUACAUAUCUGUGAGGCGCUCGCUGCCCGCCGCUUGCAUUCGGCCGGCGCCCCGUCCCGCACGGACCAACCCCGCCCGGCAGCUCCGCUCCGCUCCCCCGGGGCCUGCGUCCGGACUCGGGGCUCUCCCGCAACUUUCCAAGCUUUUCUUUCGGAAGGAGUUCGCGCGGGGACGCGCCCUAGCCCACCGCCACCAUGGAUGCCAUCAAGAAGAAGAUGCAGAUGCUGAAGCUGGACAAGGAGAACGCCUUGGACAGAGCCGAGCAAGCCGAAGCGGACAAGAAGGCAGCGGAGGAGAGAAGCAAGCAGUUAGAGAGUGACAUUGUGCAAUUGGAAAAGCAAUUGCGUGGGACGGAGGAUACAAGGGACCAAGUGCUGGAAGAGCUUCACAAGUCUGAGGACAGCCUCCUCUCCGCAGAGGAGAAUGCUGCCAAGGCUGAGAGUGAAGUAGCUUCUCUGAACAGACGCAUCCAGCUGGUUGAGGAAGAGUUGGAUCGGGCUCAGGAGCGCUUGGCCACUGCCCUGCAGAAGCUGGAGGAGGCUGAGAAGGCUGCAGAUGAGAGUGAAAGAGGAAUGAAGGUCAUUGAAAACAGGGCCCAGAAGGAUGAAGAGAAGAUGGAAAUCCAGGAGAUCCAGCUCAAAGAGGCCAAGCACAUUGCUGAAGAGGCUGACCGCAAGUAUGAAGAGGUGGCUCGUAAGCUGGUGAUCAUUGAGAGCGACCUGGAGCGCGCUGAGGAGCGUGCUGAGCUAUCAGAAAGCAAAUGUGCUGAGCUUGAAGAGGAGUUGAAAACUGUGACCAACAACCUGAAGUCGCUGGAGGCUCAGGCUGAGAAGUACUCACAGAAAGAAGACAAGUAUGAAGAGGAGAUUAAAGUUCUGACUGACAAACUGAAGGAGGCUGAGACCCGUGCUGAGUUUGCUGAGAGGUCAGUAACCAAGCUGGAGAAGAGCAUUGAUGACCUAGAAGAGAAAGUGGCGCAUGCCAAAGAAGAAAACCUUAAUAUGCAUCAGAUGCUGGAUCAAACUUUACAGGAGUUAAACAACAUGUGAAAACCUUCUUAGUGGCAACCACACUAUUUGUUUGUUUAUUUUUACACCUGCUUGCCGUGAAGCCCCAUAAACAUGUCUUUAUUUUAGUUUCACCAGUCACAAGAACAUCUGCUAAAUUAUGGAGCAGGGGUCAGGGAAACACCAAAAUGGGCAAGCCAUAUGCGGGUUAAAUGACAUUACAUUAUGGUUUAAACGUGCCAUUUCCCAACAAAAAUGUUACCUACACUUUGUAGAGAGUUCAGCAAUUUGGUAUGCAAUUCAGCAAUUGCUUAGUCUUUGAAGAAUCCUGGCUGUGGCAGAAAGUGUCCCACCUCAAGUGCCAACUACAGUUUUUACACAAGAAGAAUGAUUCGUGUCCCAGAGAAAUCAGGUGGAAAUGGUGCUAUUUUGAACAAAAGGUUCUACUUGAAGUCUUUUGUUUGAUAUCAGACAAGUCAGGAGUUGUCCAGCACAGUAAUUUAUUUUUAUCAGAACUUGACUGGUCUGUGAGAAUUUGGACUUUCUGUGCCUUCUAAUUCAGUAAAACGAAGAUAUAUAAGCAGUGGAGACAAGUGAAGGCUUCUGAAGGUUUUAAAUUGUAUUCUUGCAACUCAAUACAGAAGUGUAGGUCAGCAUUUCACCUUGAGUUUUCAUUCGAUUGUAUUUUUCAUGUUGAAAUGAAAGAUUCAAUAAAUUCAGGACAAAACAUUAAUUUGGAAGAGAUUGUGUUAAAAUGUAUUUUAUUUGUGGGGGUUUGGGGUAGGGGAGGAAUUUUUAAACUGAUAUUUGCCUCACUUUUUUCACACUUUCUUUGAGCAGUCUUAAAAAUAUACCUGUAUGUAAACAUUGUAUAAUGAUAUGAAAUAAAAUGCACAUUUUAGGACAUUUUGUAAA